CGCGUCCCCGUCGGACCCUCGGCGGCGGGAGGGCGGAGCGAGAGGCCGGUUGCAUCCUCCGUGAGCGGCCAUCCUCUGGGGCUCCAUGGAGAAGCGGGGCCCGGUGCUGCACAUCGUGGUGGUCGGCUUCCACCACAAGAAGGGCUGCCAGGUUGAAUUUUCCUAUCCUCCCCUAAAGCGUGGAGAAGGACAUGACAGCCAGAGUUUACCAGAGGAAUGGAAAUACUUGCCAUUUCUGGCCUUACCAGAUGGCGCUCACAACUAUCAGGAAGAUACCGUGUUUUUCCAUUUGCCACCAAGAUGUGGGGACCAAACCACAGUAUAUGGCGUCUCUUGCUAUAGGCAGAUUGAAGCCAAGGCAUUAAAAGUACGGCAAGCAGACAUCACCCGAGAAACGGUACAGAAAAGUGUCUGUGUGCUCAGUCAGCUGCCUUUGUACGGGUUACUUCAGGCAAAGCUGCAGCUCAUUACACACGCGUAUUUUGAAGAAAAAGACUUCUCCCAAAUUUCAAUUCUAAAGGAACUUUAUGAUCAUAUGAAUAGUUCCUUGGGCAGCACUUCGAUAGAAGGGUCACAAGUUUAUCUUGGUCUGUCUCCUCGGGAUCUGGUUCUUCACUUUAGACACAAGGUCUUGAUCCUUUUCAAAUUAAUUCUUCUAGAGAAAAAGGUGCUGUUUUAUAUUUCUCCAGUAAACAGACUGGUGGGAGCUCUGAUGACUGUCCUCUCACUCUUUCCUGGUAUGAUUGAGCACGGUCUCACUGACUGCUCACAGUACAGACCGAGGAAGAGCCUGUCGGAGGAUGCUGGCUCGCAGGAAAGCGCCCGGCGGUUAGAUGAGACUGUUCCUGUGUCUGCUGCUGCUAUUUCACCUACAAACUCGGGAAUGGCAGAGGAAGGCAGGAAGAUGGCAGGGAACCAUGUGGCAGAAAGUCAAAAAGCAAAUGUGCCUUUUUCCCAGUUGGAAACGACUUGCAACGGAGCUCAGUCCUCCAACGGGACCGUGCAGCGCUUGAAGGUUCCCUCCCACGCUUCUCCGGCCUCCUCUGAAAGUGACUGGGAGACCUUAGAUCCUAGCCUUCUGGAGGAGUCUAAUCUGAAAGGAGGACAACGUGAAAAUACAGCAUCAGAACAAGCUGAAAAUCUUCCGAGCAAAGGCAAUGGCUUGGAAAGCUUUCCAAUCACUGUACAGCCCCAGGCAAACACGGGACAUGCAGUGCUUGUUCCAGGACUGGUAUCGGGGUUGGAAGAGGACCAGUAUGGUAUGCCCUUGGCUAUCUUUACAAAGGGGUACCUCUGUUUGCCAUACAUGGCGCUGCAGCAGCACCAUCUCCUCUCAGACGUCGCAGUCCGCGGCUUCGUUGCGGGAGCCACCAAUAUCCUGUUCCGUCAGCAGAAGCACCUGAGCGACGCCAUUGUGGAGAUAGAAGAUGCUCAAGUCCAAAUCCACGAUCCAGAACUCCGUAAGAUCCUGAAUCCAACAACCGCUGACCUCAGAUUUGCAGACUACUUGGUGAAGCACGUGACUGAGAACAGAGAUGAUGUGUUCCUGGAUGGCACUGGAUGGGAAGGAGGAGAUGAGUGGAUCAGGGCUCAGUUCAGCGCUUACCUUCACUCACUGCUUGCUGCUGUGCUGCAACCAGACAAUGAAAAGACUUUGUCAGACUUUGGAACAGCAUUUGUAGCAGCCUGGAAAAAUACCCACAACUACAGAAUAUGGAACAGUAACAAGCAUCCAGCUCUUGCAGAGAUAAAUUCUAGCCACCCCUUCCAGGGACAGUACUCUGUGUCAGAUGUGAAGUUAAGAUUGUCACACUCUGUGCAAAACAGUGAACGGGGGAAGAAGAUUGGGAAUGUGAUGGUCUCUACCAGCCGAAGUGUUGUACAAACAGGAAAAGCUGUAGGUCAGUCAGUCGGAGGAGCCUUCACGAGUGCGAAAUCAGCGAUGUCGUCGUGGAUUUCCACUUUCACGCAGUCAACCCAGAGCCUUGGGGACUAACGGAGGGUUUGGUACCACGCUGCUGCAUACUUCAGGUGCAAUGCUUUCCGUGAGCUGUAAAAGGACCACUCCACGACACAGGAGUGGAGAUGAACUACCUAGGACCAAACCAAGUUCUGUAUUGCUUGCAGCAGAUGUGGGAUGUUACCGUUGGGUUUCACUAGAAGUACAGAAGAAUGGUGAGUGUCUCCACGCGAUGGGAUGGCGUUUGCAGUAUAUUGGUUGUAUUUAAAAUGACUACUUUUCCUUCAAACUGAGCCUUUAUAAAGACAUUAGCAAACAGGGCUUGUCGCAAGCCAAGCGUGUUUGACUUUAGAUUUGUACAUUUUCUUGGAUGUUAAAAAUAUUUAUGUAAACUAGCUAUAUUUUUCAAUCCAAAUAGCCAAACUUUUGUGGGUUCUUGUUAGAAGUAAGCAGAGUAUAAAUACUGAUUCGUCUUUCAGGUUGGAUCUGAGAGCAUCUCUGUGAAAAGUAUACGGUGAAAACCCUCAAAGGGUUCCAGCCCAGGUGGAGCUUUCUCUUUCACCUGCAAACUGAAGUUGGGAGGGUGCAGAGUAAGACUGUGGCUGACCUAAGGGUUCUUUUUGCUUUCUCCUACCUAGCCCUGUACAGUUUGUGUUCAUCUGGCUCUGGCUCUCCUCGUGUCUCCAAAUCUGUGCAACAGUUGUGAAAUCAGUACUUUCUUGUUAUGUUAUGCAGUAGCCUUCAUAACUUUGCAUAUGUUUUGGCUGUGUUUUUCCCCUGGGAUGAGAAUGGGAUUCCAGUUGGAGAAAGAUCUCUUUAGGAAGAGUAUUGCAAAACAAUUCUCCCAAAUUGGGAUUGGAUGGGUUUUGUGAAGUCUUGCUCUAUUAUGAUGUAAUUACACCAUCAGUGUACUUACAUACCUAUGAAUGCAAAGUACUAAAAAACGUUUAAAACUGG